GGUGGAACCAGGAGCGAGGAGAGGGAGCGGGCGGCAGGAGCUGGGCGGGCGCGGGGCGAGGCCAGGCGUGCAGGCUGGAGCGGUGUGCAGAGCCGCGGCCGGGUCCCGCUCCCGCCUCGGAGCCCCUGGCCCGGGGGAGGGAGAGAGGCCGCUAACCCGGUCUAUGUCUUUUUCUGACUCCAGUGCAACCUUCCUGCUGAACGAGGGUUCAGCCGACUCCUACACCAGCCGCCCCUCUCUGGACUCAGACGUUUCCCUGGAGGAGGACCGGGAGAGUGCCCGGCGAGAAGUGGAGAGUCAGGCUCAGCAGCAGCUGGAAAGAGCCAAGCACAAACCUGUGGCAUUUGCUGUGAGGACCAAUGUCAGCUACUGUGGAGUUCUGGAUGAGGAAUGCCCAGUCCAGGGCUCUGGAGUCAACUUCGAGGCCAAAGAUUUUCUGCACAUUAAAGAGAAGUACAGCAAUGACUGGUGGAUCGGGAGGCUAGUGAAAGAAGGUGGCGAUAUUGCCUUCAUCCCCAGCCCCCAACGCCUGGAGAGCAUCCGGCUCAAACAGGAACAGAAGGCCAGGAGAUCCGGGAACCCUUCCAGCCUGAGUGACAUUGGCAACCGACGUUCCCCUCCUCCAUCUCUAGCCAAGCAGAAGCAAAAGCAGGCGGAACAUGUCCCCCCGUAUGAUGUGGUGCCCUCCAUGCGGCCUGUGGUGCUGGUGGGACCCUCUCUGAAAGGUUAUGAGGUCACAGACAUGAUGCAGAAGGCUCUCUUCGACUUCCUUAAACACAGGUUUGAUGGCAGGAUCUCCAUCACCCGCGUCACGGCUGACCUCUCACUGGCCAAGCGCUCUGUGCUCAACAAUCCUGGCAAGAGGACCAUCAUCGAGCGCUCUUCUGCCCGCUCCAGCAUUGCUGAGGUGCAGAGUGAGAUUGAGCGCAUAUUCGAGCUGGCCAAAUCCCUGCAGCUAGUGGUGUUGGAUGCUGACACCAUCAACCACCCAGCACAGCUAGCCAAGACCUCACUGGCCCCCAUCAUCGUCUUCGUCAAAGUGUCCUCGCCAAAGGUACUGCAGCGACUGAUCCGCUCCAGGGGGAAGUCCCAGAUGAAGCACCUCACUGUACAGAUGAUGGCAUAUGAUAAGCUGGUUCAGUGCCCACCUGAGUCAUUUGAUGUGAUUCUGGAUGAGAACCAGCUGGACGACGCCUGUGAGCACCUAGCUGAAUACCUAGAGGUUUACUGGCGCGCUACCCACCACCCAGCACCGGGCCCCGGGAUGCUGGGUCCGCCCAGUGCCAUCCCUGGACUUCAGAACCAGCAGCUGCUGGGGGAGCGAGGUGAGGAGCAUUCACCCCUGGAGCGGGACAGUUUGAUGCCCUCGGAUGAGGCCAGUGAGAGCUCCCGCCAGGCCUGGACCGGAUCUUCACAGCGCAGCUCCCGCCAUCUGGAGGAGGACUAUGCAGAUGCCUACCAGGACCUGUACCAGCCUCACCGUCAACACACCUCGGGGCUACCCAGUGCUAACGGGCAUGACCCCCAAGACCGGCUCCUAGCCCAGGACUCGGAGCAUGACCACAAUGACCGGAACUGGCAGCGUAACCGGCCUUGGCCUAAGGACAGCUACUGACCACCUCCUGCCCUACCCUGGCAGGCACAGACACAGCGGCUGGGGUGUCCACCUCAGGCAGGUUGGAGUUAGAUUGGCGUUAGGCUGCCUCUAGGUUCAGCUCACACAACCCUCUGCCCAGCCCUAGGUCCAGGGCUGACUGUGGUCCCAAGGUUCUGGGAGAAGCAAGGGGCCCCCUCACCUCCUGGGCACAGUGACCCCGUAGGUUCUCAUCCAGGUACUAGCUGUGUUCUGCAUCCUUGGCACCUUCCCCUGCAUAAGAAGCUGCCCCGGUGAGCAAUGAUCUCAGGCCGGGAUCACUUAGCAGGGGUCUUCCAGCCAGAAUGGAUACCCCUCUAAACAGCAGGAGGGUGUGAGUGCAGGCAAUGUAGCAUGAGGAAGAGACAUGGUUCCUGAGCAGGCGUAAACCCUAAGCAAAGGAACUCCGUUCACGUCACUGCCGCACAUUAGAAAUGAAGCAAUCAGAGCUCAACAUGGCGGCACUUCUAUCCCAUCAGCUGGGGUGGGCACUUACACCUAAGACAGGAGCAGUGCAGGUGAGGCAGGACAGACAGCUCAUGGCUGUAGCUCUGUUAGAGAACGGCCCUCCUCACCAAACCAGGAAGCUUAGCAUCUGGCAAGACUAGGGAACUGGGGCACAGUCAAGCCCAAAGCCGGCCUGGACUGCGGGGAAGGGGGAGCAGCUUCCAGCCCCCCCACCCCCCUUGCUUUCCUCAUUCUUUGCCCUUGCGUCUGUCAUUUCUGUUCCUUCCCUCCAUGCCUCCUGCAAGAUAGGGGCUCCCUGGCUCGUAGCUGCCACUUGUUAAGUUAGGGUUAGAUGAGAGGAACAGACACAAUGAACAGCCCCAGAGGCUGUCACCUGGCUACCCUUGCCUUAUGGCUCUAGCGUUUGACCUACAGAGCAUGCUCCAUUAAGAACCCGCCCCACCUCAUUGUCAUCUCCAAUAAAACAUAACGCACAGUC